GAAGCUGCCAUUUGUUAUUCAUGUAUCGCAACACUUCAUGAAGGUCACCCCAAGAUACUUCUAGAUGAAGCUGCAAAUGAACGCAAGUUACAUGUUAAGGCUGCCAUUGAAUCUAAGAGACAAAUUACUCUUCAGAAGAGGGAAAACAUUGCUAGAACUCAGGGUAACUGUGUGAAGAUUCUAGGUCAGAUCGAUAGCGUUAAGAAAGAUGUACAAAAAUUUGUUGACAGUAUGAUCGCUGCCCUGGAGGCGACAAAACAGGAAAUAUUUAACGACGUAGAAAAGAAAGUAAACGAAACUCUCCAGCUUUUGGUAACUAAACAGCGCGAGAUGGAAAGUCAAGUAGCAGAGAUUGAGACAGCAAUAGAGAGGGCUGAACAAAUUUUGAAACGAAGAACAAAUGCGGAGAUUACAAGACUAGACACUAAUACAAUCUUUCAAGGCGAAUGCAAUGAUGGAGGUCAAGUCGAAUGUGAC